AUGCAUCCCCUUCCUCUCCUUGCCUAUGAGCUGUUUGAUGAAAUGCUUCUGCCCUUUUAUCUCGCACGCUGUACAAUCUCCGCCAGGUUGUCGGUGGAGGUUGGGUUCAGAUUGUCUUUGAGACAGAAACACAACAUGCAGCGCUCUAACCUUGGCAGCAAAAAUGAUCUGAAUUUCAUUAACAAGCACAAGGCGGCGGCGCUGCUUCUUCCCCCAAAACCAAAUUUGGAGGAGGGGAAGGAAGAGGCCGGGAUGGCGUCGAAGAAGAAGAAGCAGAAGCGCAAGGAGUGCAAGCAUGUGAAGAUUAUGCCGUCAUCUCCUUGUGCCUCCGCGGCCAAAACCCCAAUCUUGGAGCAGGAGGAGAAGGUGACAAGGAAACGGAAAAGGAGGAUGGAGCAGGAGCCAUCCGGCAACUUGCUGUUGCCACUUCAGCCUGGCCAUGCCUGUAACUCAUUCCUUCAGUCCCCCGCACCCGAGAUCCUAACGUUGGAAGAGGCGGCGGCGAUGAUUAGGAAGAAGAAUAUGCAUAAAGAGCAGAAGGUGGACACGCUGUCUUUUACCCAGAAUCCUACCUUAGAGGAGAAGCAGGGGCAGAAGAAGGAGCGCAAGCGCAUGGAGCAGAUAUUAUUAUCUCCUUCUACACCUGUUCCUGCUGGAACCACAAUUCAGGAGCAGGAGGUGAAGGUGAGAAAGAAACAGAAGAGGAGGAUGGAGCAGCAGCCAUCCGACAACUCGCAGUUGCCACUACACCCUGGCCAUUCCUGUAACCCAUUCCUUCAGUCCCCCGCGCCUGAAAUCCUAACGUUGGUAGAGGCGGCGGCGAUGAUGAGGAAGAGGAAUAUGCGUAAAGAGCAGAAGGUGGAUCCUACUUUAGAGGAGGAGCGGGGGGAGAAGAAGGAGUGCAACCCAAUUCAGGAGCAGGAGGUGAAGGUGAGAAAGAAACAGAAGAGGAGGAUGGAGCAGCAGCCAUCCGACAACUCGCAGUUGCCACUACACCCUGGCCAUUCCUGUAACCCAUUCCUUCAGUCCCCCGCGCCUGAAAUCCUAACGUUGGUAGAGGCGGCGGCGAUGAUGAGGAAGAGGAAUAUGCGUAAAGAGCAGAAGGUGGAUCCUACUUUAGAGGAGGAGCGGGGGGAGAAGAAGGAGUGCAACCACGUGGAGCAGACAUUGUUAUCUCCUUCCACAUCUGCUGCUGCUGAAACCCCAAUUCAAGGGCAGGAGAUGAAGGUGAUCAAGAAACAGAAGCAGAGGAGGGGCCAGGAAUCAUCCGGCAAAUCACAGGAGCCAUCCGGCAAUUUGCCGUUGCCACUUCACCCCAGCCAUGCCUGUAACCCUCCACUAGCUGCCCCACUCCUUCAAUCCCCCGCUCCUGAAAUCCUAACAUUGGAAGAGGCUGCGGCGAUGAUGAGGAGAAGGAAGAUGCCUAAAGAGCAGAAGGUGGACGCGCUGCAUUUUGCCCCAAAUCCUACCUUAAAAGAGCAUGGGGAGGAGGCCAUGAUAGCGACGACGAAGAAGAAAAAGGGCAAGUGCAUACAGCAGAUAUUGUCAUCUCCUUCAACAUCUAUUGCUGCUGAAACUCCAAUUCAGGAGCAGGAGGAGAAGGUGACCAAGAAACAAAAGCAGAGGAUGGGGCUGGAAGCAUCCAGCAACAUGCCGUUGCCACUUCACACCGGCGAUGUCUCCGAGCCCCUACUCGCUGCCCCAUUCCUUCAAGCCGCCGCUCCCGAAAUCCUAACGUUGAAAGAGGCGGCAGUGAUGAUGAGAAAAAGGAAGAUGCAUAAAGAGGAGAAGGUGGACGCACUGCCUUUUGCCCAAAAUCCUACCUUAGAGGAGGAGCAGCUGGAGGAGGCCAUGAUGGUGACGAAAAAGAAAAAUCACAAGCGCGUGGAGCAGAUAUUGUCACCUCCUUCUUCAUCUGUUACUGCAGAAACUCCGAUUCAGGAGCAGGAGGUGAAGAAACAGAAGCAGAGGAGAAGGCAGGAACCAUCCGGCAAGUCAGACCUGCCAUCUGGCAACUCGCCAUUGCCACUUCACCCUGGCCAUGCCUUUAAUCCCCUAUUCGCUGCGCCAUUCCUUCAGUCACCUGCUCCCGAAAUUCUUACGUUGGGGGAGGCGGCGGUGGCGGUGACGAUGAGUAAGAGGAAGAUGCGUAAGGAGAAGGUGGCUGCGCUGUCUUUUGCCCAAAAUCCUACCUUGGAGGAAGAGCAGCGGGAGGAGGCCAUGACUGCGACGACUAAAAAGAAGGAGCGCAAGCGUGUGGAGCAGAUAUUGUCAUCUGCUACAUCCGUUGCUGCCGAAACCCCAAUUCAGGAGCAGGAGGUGAAGGUGACCAAGAAACAGAAGCAGAGGAGGCAGGAACCGUCUGGCAAGUCACCAUUGCCACUUGACCCUGGCCAGAGUCGCUGUGUUCAAUCACAAGGAGCCAAAGCUCCACCAGAACAAGAGGGAGAGAAUGAUGGCUGCAAGGGGAUUAAAAAGAGCAACGGGAGGAAAACCCGUGUACGUGUCCUCAGUAAGCAUGAGCUCAUCCAGGAGGCAAGGAAACAGCCUCAGCCGCUGCCCGAAGGCUUUGUGCCGUUCAGCGAUUUUGUUGCCAGUUGCACGGAGCAGAAUCCUGACCAUUCAUCGCCUUACAGUGCAUUUUUCGACCAGUUCCGCUAUAACCCCGUCUGCAAAGAUCGCAAAUCCCCACUUCCCAGAACCCCUGAUCGUCUGGCCAGGUUGCCACCUCGGGGUCACUCAUCAUUUGGGUCAUCUCAGCUCGCUGCAAAUGAAGCUUCCAGAGCUUCUAGGCCGGACACCAUUCUAGCGUCCAAGACAAAGCAGCAAGAUUCAGGUUCAGGAUCACAAGAGAAAGUUAGUGUAGAAGUAAAGGAAAACCCGGAAAACAAGACGAGGGAGAAGAAGCAAAGGAAACUAUCUGGCAAGUCACUAUUGCCAUUUGACUCCAGCCGGACUUGCUGUGUUCAGCUACAAGGAACCAAAGCUCUACCAGAACAGGACCAAGAAACUGAUGCCCCAAAGGUUAACAAUAUUGAAAAAAGGAACAGCAAGAAGGCCCAUGCCUGUGCUCCCAGCAAAUGCGAACUCUUCAAGGAGAUGACAAAGGAGCAGACGCUGACUGAAGGCUUUUUGGCACCCAAAGAUUUGGUUCCCAAUUGCACUGAGCAGAGUCCCAAUUAUUCAUCGCCUUCUGGUGCAUCCUUUCAUCCGUUCUGCUAUAGAUCUGCCCGGCAAGAUCUCAAUCCCCAACCUUCUAGAAGCACUGAUCAUCUAUCCAAGCUGCCACCUCGGCAUUACCCAUCAUUUGAGUUGCCUGAGCUCACUAUGAGUGAAACCUCCAAGGCUUUCAAGGCUAACAAUUCUGUGGAGUCCAAGUCAAAGAAGAAAGAUUCAGGUUCAGGCUCCACCUCAGGCUCACAGAAGAAACAAAAUGUAAAAGAAAAGACAACCCCUGAGAAGAAGACGAGGAUCAGGAAACCACGACCAGUGUUUACCGCUGCGCGGAGAAGCGCUCAGACAAAUACCGACGCGUUCCCUUGGACCAGCUGGUAUCACCGCCACGCUCUCCUCAUAAUCUCUUGCAGGAGAAGUAUGCCUCUGACCCGUGGAAGGUUAUGCUCAUCUGCAUGUUCCUCAACUUAACACAGGGUAUACAGGUCAAGAGGAUAUUGGAUGGCUUCUUUGAACGCUAUCCUGACCCUUGGUCUGCAAUUAAUGCUGAUCCUGACAAGAUGGCGGAGUAUCUAGCGCCUCUAGGGUUGCAGCAUGUUUUAGGACACGCAAUAUCAAGAAAUUGUCCAAGCAGUAUGUUGGAAAUGAAUGGACCCAUAUUACGCAGCUUUGUGGCGUCGGCAAGUACGCAGCUGAUGCUUAUGCAAUAUUUUGUGCGGGUAGGGCGAGGGAGGUGGUACCUGAUGAUCACAAGUUAGUUGAUUACUGGAACUAUGUCUGCUUUGAGUUGCCCAUGACGCAGAUGGAUUAGUUCAGUGCCAGUACAUGUUCAGUGAAGUGCAAGGGGAAGCAGAUGUGGAUGACGCCAUGCAGUCCUACUAGAUGGGAUAAUUUUAUAGUGUAACUGGGGUUGGUUUUUCGUGGUUCAUGUACCUUGGAUACUCUUGCUCCUUUAGAUUAGUGUUAAGCCUUAUUGAGAUGAUAUUACCUGACAAGCACAUUUGAUGGAUGCAGCGAGUUAUGUUUGCGGUUGCCGUUCGUUAGUUUUCUUUUGUAUAUAUACCACGUCAUGUUCAAAGGUUGGUACUGAUUCAUCGCUUUUUGUUAUAUACGUGUGCCAUCAGUUAAAAGGUUGGUACUCGUCUUGGAAGAAUGAAUCUGCUUUGGUUUUAAA